UUAUUACAAUAUCGAGGUAUUGUUGCAACUAAGUGAUAAUGAAGAAUUUCAUUCCGUUCUCCAUUACUGUCGUGCUAUCUGUGUUGCUGUUGAUCAAUAUAGUAGUGGCAGAUGAAGAAUGUCCCUGUAAAAAGCAGCGAGACAACAAACUUGUGGAUCAGGACUUCGGGAUGCCGCUAACUCCGGACGACUUCUUAACAAACAUGAUGACGCCGUGGAUAGUUCACGACUACUUCCGACCUUGGCGGCACACGGCGUCUUUGGCCCGCGACCUAGGCUCCACAAUCAAGACGGAAAAAGAUAAAUUCCAGAUCAAUUUGGACGUCCAACAUUUCUCGCCGGAUGAAAUAUCUGUGAAGACUGCGGAAGGUUACGUGGUAGUUGAAGCUAAGCACGAGGAAAAACAGGACGAGCACGGAUACGUGUCUAGGCAGUUUGUGCGCAAGUACUCCUUACCAGAAGGGGCUGACACAGCUAACGUUGUCUCCGAGCUAUCCACUGACGGAAUUUUGACAGUCACAGCUCCCAGAAAGGUGAUAGACGAUAAGGGAGAAAGAGUUGUUCCUAUCACUAAAACUGGCCCGGUUCGCAAGGAAUCUGCAGAGUCUAAAAAUGCAAAAGAAGCUGAUCAAGGGUUCUGUGAAGACAAGUCAGAAAUGCAAUAACGUUUAGUGUUUGUAAUUUCUAGAUGUAGUAGUCAUUCCUGUAUAAAGACUGAGUUCACAAUAAACGUUUAAGAAUUUUCAUUGAAAA